AUGAUGAGGCGAGUCCAGUCCACGGGACGGACACUCGCGGAUCCUCGUCCCCAAGCAUCCUGCAUGAAUCGGGAGACGGCUCUAAGCGUUACGGCGUCAAGGGGCCAGGUGGAACGAGGUCGAUGA